GGUUGACGUCUAAGGAAAACAACACCGUGGGUAAACACGAAAGACUUGCACCAAACACCGUUGCACCAGCCUUCGUCCAAGGGCUUUCAAUCAUCCAUUGAACUGCUGAUUUUAUUCUCAUUCCAUGGUGCGACCUCCAACAAAAUCUGUAGCACGCAUCUAUCGAGAUGUCAACGCCAAUUUCGGCCCUGCAUGGCAUGAAUAUGAUAACCUUCAAGUGCAGUGGGGAACGCAAGAUCACUACGAGAUAGUGCGCAAAGUUGGCAGAGGGAAAUAUUCAGAAGUUUUUGAAGGUGUCAAUGUAGUUAAUGAUGAGAAGUGCAUCAUCAAAGUGCUCAAGCCCGUGAAAAAGAAGAAAAUUAAGAGAGAGAUCAAGAUCCUGCAAAACCUUGCAGGUGGUCCUAACGUCGUGGCCCUCCUCGAUGUCGUCCGAGAUCCUGCUUCGAAGAUCCCCAGCCUAAUAACGGAAUACGUUGACAACGUUGAUUUCAAGGUUUUAUAUCCUCGUUUCACUGAUUACGAUGUCCGCUUUUAUAUGUUCGAGCUUCUCAAGGCAUUGGACUUCUGCCACUCAAGAGGAAUAAUGCACAGGGAUGUCAAACCUCAUAAUGUCAUGAUUGAUCAUGAACAGCGCAAAUUGCGGCUGAUAGACUGGGGCUUGGCUGAAUUCUACCAUCCGAAGGUUGAAUACAAUGUCCGUGUGGCUUCGCGUUACUUCAAAGGACCGGAGCUAUUGGUGGACUUUCAAGAGUAUGACUACAGCUUGGAUAUGUGGAGUUAUGGUUGCAUGUUUGCGUCUAUGAUUUUCCGCAAAGAGCCGUUUUUUCAUGGUCACGACAACUAUGACCAACUGGUCAAAAUAGCUAAAGUUCUUGGCACGGACGAGCUCUAUGCAUAUAUCGACAAGUAUGGCAUACGACUGGAUCCCCAGUACGACGAACUCCUUGGAAGGUACCCUCGGAAGCCUUGGACUCGGUUCAUCACAUCCGAAAACCAGCGUUAUAUAUCGAAUGAAGCGAUCGACUUCUUGGAUAAGCUACUGCGGUAUGAUCACCAAGAGAGAUUGACUGCUCGCGAAGCCCAAGCACACCCUUACUUCGGUCUGUGAAACCUUUGCUCGGUCGCUUGUUAAUAUUCAUCUACCUUACUUAUAGAACCCGUCCGCAACCCCGUGUCUGGCACUUCUGCUGACGGUGAAAGCGAGGACUCGGGAACAUCAUCGGCCUGAUUUAUAAUCCACUUCUUUUCAUCUCUGACUGCGAAAGUUUUGUAUUACUUCCUUUGCAUAUGAUCCUGUCCCUUUCCAACUCGAUAAGCGCGUCCGCUGGUGCAAACAAAUUGUGUGUCUUCAAGAAAUACAGCUUUGCUGAAAUCAAGCCAUUCCCAACAUUAUCGAUACCAUGUCUUGCCAUGUGACAGG